AUGGUGUUGGGAAUGAUAAAUGAGAUUCAACAAUAUCUCGAUGCAAGGUAUAUUGGCCCUCCAGAAGCUGCUUGGCGAAUAUUUGGUCAUCCUUUGCAUGCAGAGAUGCCAACAGUUGUACGAUUGGCACUGCAUUUACCUGGAAUGCAUCGCGUUGUUUUUAACCCAGAAGAAUCAUUAGAAACGAUUCAAUCUAGAGUUGGUCAACAAAUGUCAACUCUUACUGGCUUCUUUGCAUAUUGUGCUGGCAGUGAAGAUGAAUGUCCAUUCACUUAUCAAGAAUUUCCACAACAUUAUGUUUGGCUCAAGUCUGAAAAGAGAUGGAAAUCAAGAGAAAGAGGAUAUGCAAUUGGUAGAAUGUAUUUUGCUAGCCCUAAUUGUGGUGAAAGAUUUUAUCUACGUUUUUUACUAACCGUUGUUAAAGGACCAAAGUCGUUUCAGUCUUUACGCACGGUCGAUAAUGUUGUGCAUGAUACAUUUAAAUUAGCAUGUGUUGCAAGGGGGCUUUUAGAAGAUGAUGAAGAAUGGAUACAAUGCUUGAAAGAGGCUGUAGUUAUGAAAACUGGAUAUCAAUUGAGGAGAUUGUUUAGUAUUAUUCUUACCCAGUGCUCUCCACUAAAUCCAUGUGCAUUAUGGAAUCAAUUCUCAACGCAUAUAUGUGAUGAUCUUGCACAUAAGAUUCGUACAUUGUUUGCCAUUUCUAACCCAACUGAGGCUCAAAUUAAAGAUUAUGGUCUCCAUCUUUUGAAUCAAAUGCUUCAUGAAUCAGGCAAAAGUUUAAUUGACUUCCCACCCAUGCCACAACCUACCGCAAAUUGGAGUGCAGUAGUUGGUAAUCGAUUGAUAUUCGAACAUCGACAAUUGCAGAGUGAGGCACAACAGACAGAUCCACAAAUUUCCAUUGAUUGUCUCAACAAUGGACAGCGGAAUGCUUAUAACACAAUCACUUCUUCAGUUUUUCAAAAUAAAGGAGUUGUUUUCUUUCUGAAUGGGGGUGCUGGAACAGGGAAAACAUUUUUGUACAAUACGAUAGCAUUAAAAUGUCGCAACCUUGGGCAUAUCGUUAUUACUGUGGCUUCAUCUGGAAUUGCAUCAUUGUUACUGGUCAGAGGUCGCACUGCACAUUCAACAUUUUCCAUCCCAUUAGAUGUGUUGGAAAAUUCAAAUUGUGGGCUUAGUAAACAAUCAUUACAAGCUGAGUUAUUUAGAGAAACAAAACUCAUAAUUUGGGAUGAAGUUCCGAUGCAACAUAGAUAUUGUGUUGAGGCGGUUGAUCGUACAUUGAGGGAUAUUUGUGAUAGUGACAAGCCAUUUGGGGGUAUUACUGUUGUUCUUGGUGGAGACUUUCGACAAAUCUUACCAGUUAUACCCAAAGGAGUUCGUGAGCAAAUUGUGAAUGCAUCAUUAAGACACUCUGUUCUAUGGAAGCAUAUACAUAUCUUAACUUUGGAUUUGAAUAUGCGCUUGAAUCAUGAAGACCGUGAAAAUGCUAAUUUUGCAAAUUUCUUGAUGGAGAUUGGGACCAUUCCUCAAGAAAUCGUUAACCUUCCAUCAACAAUACACAAAUGUCAAGAUUUGAAUGAAUUAAUCUCUACAGUUUACCCACGAUUGAACAUAAUAGAGACGUCAACCCCAACAUUUUUAACUGAACGCACAAUUCUGUCUGCGCGUAACGAUGAUGUCAGUGACAUCAAUACUACUGCAUUGAAUAUCUUUCCAGGGAGAUUACAUACUUAUCUUGCAGCAGAUAAAAUGUCUGGAGAUAAUGAAGUCGAUCCUACUAUUACAAAUAGAUAUCCUAAUGAAUAUUUAAAUUCAUUGGAUCCUCCUGGGUUGCCAACUUUUAAGUUAGAGUUGAAGGUGGGUUGUCCUAUAAUAUUGUUGAGAAACAUUGCACCGAAAGAUGGACUAUGUAAUGGUACAAGAUUGAUGGUUACUAGGUGCGACACUCGCAUAAUUGAAGCUCAAAUUUUAACUGGAGAAAAGUUUGACAAUUUGGCAUUCAUACCAAGGAUAUCUUUGGCACCAUCUUCUUCAGAAAUGCCUUUCCAAAUGACAAGACGUCAAUUUCCAAUCCGAUUGGCAUAUGCCUUGACCAUUAAUAAAUCUCAAGGACAAUCUGUGAAAUUUGUUGGGGUUGAUUUGCGCAUACCAGUGUUUAGCCAUGGGCAAUUAUAUGUGGCAUUGUCCAGAUGUACAUCAUUUGAUCGUAUAAGUAUUCUGCUCCCUAAAGAUUGUUUGGAUUCUACUACAAAUAUUGUUUAUCCUGAAGUGUUGUUGUAG